CUAUAGCUCUUAAGUUGACUGAGGGACAGAAUUUCCUUGCUGGUCUAUUUCCAGAUUUUCUUCUCCUUUGUCAUCUCCACUGCUGUUAGAACACUCUUUCUAAAACACAGAUUUGUUCUCUUAAUCUUCGGUUUAAAAUGCAGCCCUAGACCUCCAUUCCAGGAUCCCCACAGGGUCCUCCCUGUCCUCUCACCCAGUAGAUGCUCUACAAAUGCGGACCGUGACUGAGGACAAAAGACCACAUCUCAGGAAUUCUUUCUAUACCGAUGAUAACCAGAAAUUAAGGUUUCAAACUAAGCUGUCUUUUUAUUAUUUAUUUGAUUAAUUUUAAAAAAGAUUUUAUUUUAUUUAUUUGAUAGAGAGAUCACAGGUAGACAGAGAGGCAGGCAGAGAGAGAGGGGGAAGCAGGCUCCCUGCCGAGCAGAGAGCCCAAUGCCGGCCUCGAUCCCAGGACCCUGAGAUCAUGACCUGAGCCGAAAGCAGAGGCUUAACCCACUGAGGCACCCAGGCGCCCUAAGCUGUCUUUUUAGUGGUCUGGAAAUAGGGAACAAAAACUGAGAUUUUAUUCACCUUUGGAAUGUCACUAGUGAGUGCCUUUUGUUUUAUUUAAAUUUAAUAUUUCUGUUUUUAUUAAAUCAGUAUUAAAAUGUAAUUAUAUCUACAGUGCAACCUCUAGUUCCUCUUUCAGUAUUUACAUGCUCAUCACUAACAAAGACAGUGGGGUCAACCGUAACUAAUUAUGAUGUUAGCAAAAAGCCAAACACAUGUGUUUUGUGUUUUGUGUUUUUUAGAAUGGAAACUAUUUGUUUUUACCAAAUUGAAAGAGCAUUCCUAGUUCAAAGAACACAUGGCAAUACUAUCUUUGUGGCCCCCUUACUCCUGUGCUGCUUUGUCUCACUUCCUGGCAGAGACAUUGUGGUUGAGUGUUUGCAGGGUAAUCCUAGAUAUUUUUUAUGAGCAUUUGUGUGUACUAGAUUUGCCAGUUGGACAGGGCUGCUGAACUGAUUGCAUCCCAUACUACCCCCCCACCCCACUGCCAACCUCUAGGAGCAAGUGUUCUUACCACUUUUACAGAUGAGGAAAACAGAAGUGACUUGCUCAAGGUCACAUCACUAGUUAAUGGGAGCAUCGGGGUUCAGCCCAGGUCUGUCUGGCCCCAAACACAUGCUCUAACUAGUCAUGUAAUGCUGUCGAAACACUCCUCAGUUUGCUGCUUUUAAUGAAAACAGGUUGAUCUUUUGUCUUUAGCUUCUGGCAUGAAAUUAGCUUUCUAGAUGUAGGAAUGUCGUGUGGCUGGUUGGACCACGUGAAAGCACAGUUGAUAGAAGUUGGGAUGUGGCGGGGAAGGUGGGGCCGUUGGAUUCUCAUCUGACAAGGAAAACUUCGUAGACGUUGUGUGUGUUUGCACCCGGAGAACUGCAGAGCCAACAGCGUUGUGCAGUUAUAUCAGGAGUCCAUACAAGAGCUGAAAGUGAUGGUGAAGUGUUUGGCUGGCCAAGGGGCAGAGCCUUCCUGAUGUCACUCUGGUUCUAGAAGGAAAGAAUUUGGAGCCUCUCUGCUCCCUGUUUUGAUUACAUUUGCCUAGCAUGCUCAGUGCUCUUUCCUUCAAGUGCUUCAUUGGGUUAGACACAGCAUGAUCUCAAAAGGACAGCCUCCUCAUGUCCCUUCAUCAAGCUAGGAACAGAAUUCGUGACUGGUUCUGUUCUACUAAUUAAAAAAAAUUUUCCAAGGGAUCCAUAACUUUAAAAAUCAGAGAAUAAAAGGACUUCUGACAGAAAGUUCUAGCCUUCCUCAUACUCCUUUUCUUCCUCUAAACUGAAUGUUUAUCCCUUUGCUUGCCCCGCCAAUUCACAUGUUGAAACCCAGUUCCCGAUGUGAUGGUAUUUGGAGGUGCUUAGUUCAUGAAGGUAGAGCCCUCAUACAAGGGAUCAGUGCCCUUAUAAAAGACACCCCACAGAGCUCCCUGGCCCCUUCAGCCACAUGAGGACACAUUGAGAAGACAGCCAUCUGUGAACUGGGAAGCAGGCUUUCACCAGAUGCUGAGUCUGUGCACCUUGAUCAUGGACUUCCAGUCUCUAGAACUGUGAGAAGUGUUGUUUAUAACCCCCACACCCCCCACCCAUGUAUGGUAUUUUGUUACAGCAGCAGGAGCAGACGAAGACCCCAUUCCCCUCAGUUGCAGCCGCAUUAAUUCUUCCCAUGACUUCUCUUUUCGUUACUCUGGCAGUUACUGUUGAAUUUCUAAAGAAUAGUGCUCGUCCAUUUAGACUUCUAUUAGCUUUAUGCUGUUGGAUGCGGGCGUAGCUCCCUUAAACUAGCUCCUCCAUCUUCUUUCUCCCUCAUUCAUGUAGUUAUACACUAUUUUAAAUUCCUGUAUUGGUUAUCUUUUUAACUUAAAAAAUUAUUGGAAUUCUCAGACUCCCAAGACAUUUGCUCAAAAGACAUGAAGUGUUAUUUUACUGUUUAUAGUAGUCCGCUUGGGCUGCCAUAACAAAAUAACACAGAUUGGGUGGUUUAAACAACAGAAAUGGUUGGGUUUUUUGUUUUCGGUUUUAGUUUUGGUUUUGGUUUUGUUUUGUUUUUACAGUUCUGAGGGCUAAGAAUCCAAGGUCAAGGUACCAGCAUGGCUGAUUUCUGGUGAGGACUCUUCCUGGCAUAUAUAAGGCUGCCUUCUCCCUGUGUCCUCCCAUAGCCUUUCCUCUUGUUUAUGCUGAGAAACAGAGAUUUUUCUGGUGACUCCUCUUAAGAAUUCACCUGUCACAUUGGAGCCUUAGCUGGCUGACCAUCUCAUUUAACCCUAGUUACCUCCCUGAAGGCCCAAACUCCAGUUAUAGUUCCAUUGGGGUUAGGACUUCAGCGUGUGAAUUUGGAGGUGAGAGUGGGGUGCUGAGGUACAAGUCAGUCUAUAACACUAUUUUAAUUUGCAUUUUCCUAAUUACCAGGGAAAUUGAACAUCUUUUUGUAAUGGGGGUGAUUCAACUUUCCUCUUUGUAAAUUGCUUGUCGUAUCUUCUGCACAAUGAGGACAGAGUAUCUUACUGAUUUCUAGCAUCUUUUUAUGUAAUCUGGAUACUCAGUAUACAUUGCACAAAUCUCCCAUUCUCUCACCUGCUGUGUUAGUUUCCUAUUGCUGCUCUAACAAGUUACCACAAACUAAAUGGCCUGAAAUAACACAGAUUGUUUUGUUAAAGUUCUGGAGGUCAGAAGUCUGAAAUGGGUCUCGCUGAGCUAAAAUCAAGAUGUCAGAAGGGCUGCGUUCCUUUCUGGAGCUUCUAGGGAGAAUGUACCAGACAGAGAACCGGUUCUGAACUCAGAACCCAUGCAAGGAAGAAGAUGGGAGUGAAACAUUUAAAGUAUUGGAAGAAAAACCCACCAACCUAGAAUUCUGCAUCCUGUGAAAUUACCCUCCAAAAGAGAAGAAAUGAAGACUUUCUCAGACAAACCAAAACUGAGGGAAUUUGUUGCUAGUGGAUCUGCCUUGCAAGAAACUAAAAAAAGUUGUUCCUAGAGAAAGAAAAUUAGAUGUUCAGAAACUUUGAUCUACAUAAAGAAAGGAAGAGCAUCAGAGAAUGAAUACAUGAUGGCAUUUUAGAGACAUGCUUGGAAAAAGACCAUUCUUGGGAGACAUGAGGGAAAUGGGCUGUCAGUGAGACGACAAGAUGAAGAGACUUGAAUGAGGAUAUGGCAAAAAAAGUGGUCGUAGUAAAAAAUGGAGGGAAAUGCUGAAGCUGCCCCCUGUCAGCCAGUGCAGCAAGCUUAGACAUUUCAUUGAAAAGGAUUAUAGCAGUCUUUGUGACAAGCAACCAAUAGGAAGACUUCUCUUCAGGCAAUUCUGUGAUAUACAGCAAGAUCUAAAGGGAUGCAUUGAAUUCCUGGAUGCAGUGGCAGAAUACGAAGUGGCCGCCGACGAGGACCGCAGAAGCUGUGGACUGCAAAUCCUACACAUGUUCUUCGAUGCCGAGGCGGCAACCCCUUUACCAGAAAUACCUGCCCGUGUUUUGAGAGAAUGUCGGUUGAGACUGAAGCAGAACCCCGGCAAGGACGUCUUUGAGGAAUGCACAAGAAUUGUCCAUAACUACUUAAGUGGAGAACCAUUUGAAGCAUACAAAGAAAGCUCAUAUUUUUCUCGAUUUCUACAGUGGAAAUGGUUGGAAAGGCAACCAGUAACAAAGGACACAUUUAGACAUUACAGAGUUCUAGGAAAAGGCGGAUUUGGUGAGGUUUGUGCCUGUCAAGUGCGAGCUACAGGAAAGAUGUAUGCAUGUAAGAAGCUAGAGAAAAAAAGAAUAAAAAGGAGGAAAGGUGAAGCCAUGGCUCUCAACGAAAAGAGAAUUCUAGAAAAAGUGAAUAGCAGAUUUGUAGUUAGUUUGUGCUACACUUACGAAACCAAAGAUUUCUUGUGCUUGGUGCUAACCAUUAUGAAUGGAGGGGACUUGAAGUUUCACAUCCACAACUUGGGAAACCCUGGCUUUGAUGAGGAGAGAGCUAUUUUCUAUGCCGCCGAGCUGUGCUGUGGCUUGGAGGAUUUGCAGAGGGAAAGAAUUGUGUACAGAGACUUAAAGCCUGAGAAUAUCCUCCUUGAUGACCGAGGGCACAUCCGGAUCUCAGACCUGGGUCUGGCCACGGAGAUCCCGGAGGGGGAGACCAUCCGAGGAAGAGUGGGGACUGUCGGCUACAUGGCUCCUGAAGUUAUCAAUAAUGAACACUAUACAUUUAGUCCUGAUUGGUGGGGACUUGGCUGUCUGAUGUAUGAAAUGAUUGAGGGACAUUCUCCAUUCAGAAAAUUCAAAGAGAAAGUCAAGCGAGAGGAGGUGGACCGAAGAGUGAGGAAGGACACGGAGCAGUAUUCGGAGAAGUUUUCGGAGGAUGCCAAGUCCUUCUGCAAGAUGUUACUCACCAAGAAUCCCAAACAACGGCUGGGCAGCAAGGCAGGAGCAGUGGAAGUGAAGGCUCACCCUGUGUUUAAGGACAUUAACUUCAAGAGGCUGGAAGCAAAUAUGUUAGAGCCGCCAUUCUGUCCUGAUCCGCAGGCCAUUUACUGUAAGGACGUCGUGGAUAUCGAGCAGUUCUCCACGGUGAGAGGCAUCUACCUGGACACCACUGACGACGCGUUUUACAGUCAGUUUGUUACGGGCUGUGUCUCCAUCCCCUGGCAGAACGAGAUGAUCGAAUCGGGUUGUUUUAAGGACAUCAAUGAUGUGGAGCCUGAAGAAAAUAUGGUGUUGAAUGUAGAAGAGAAAACACGAUACCCGGUUUCCAAAACUAAGAGAAGCUUCUUCUACAGACUCUUCAGGAGAGGGGGCUGCAUUAGCAGUGGCCCCAGCGAGAAGGAAGAGCUGCCCACCAGUCUGUGACCACAGCCACAGAGCCCGACCCCGUGCCGAGGAGCCCACGCUCAGCGUUCCGUUCUGUCCGGAGCCGCAAUAAAUAUGUGUCACAGCCUAACAUG